GCUACUUAUUCAGACUCUCAGGUGCUUGAGCUGAGGAGUAUUGUUGAAUUUUAAUAGAGUGCUCUUCAAAUAAGAAUGGGAAAGAACACAUUGCCUGUGGUGGCUGACCGACCCGAUAAGAUGAUAGACUUGUGUUUUAAAAACCCUGCUGUUAGUGAAUCCGAAAAGAAAACAACUGAUUUGUGCCAUGAUCCUCACACUGCCAAGAAUGAUGAGAAUGUGGAAAGAGGAAACUGGUCCAGUAAGACAGACUAUCUACUCUCAAUGGUUGGAUAUGCAGUUGGACUGGGAAACGUCUGGAGAUUCCCAUAUUUGGCUUACAAAAAUGGAGGAGGAGCUUUUCUUAUUCCCUACACCAUCAUGUUGGCCUUGGCAGGUUUGCCUCUCUUUUUCCUGGAAUGCUCCUUUGGACAAUUUACAAGCCAGGGCCCUGUGUCAGUGUGGAAGGCUGUACCAAUCCUACAAGGUGUGGGAAUCACAAUGGUCAUCGUAUCCACUUUUGUGGCUAUCUAUUACAACUGCAUCAUUGCCUACAGCAUCUAUUACCUGUUUGCAUCUUUCCAGUCCCCUUUGCCAUGGAGUGACUGCUAUGACUGGUCUGACAAGAAUUGCAGCAAGUUUCCCAAUGAUUUGUGCAACGUAACAUCAGAAGUUGGAAGAUUUAUUGUUGUUAAUACAACAUGGUUAAGUAACAAGAAUGAAACCUGUCCAAAACAGAACGUCAUUCCAGUGCCAGUCCAAAACCCCAGUGAACAGUAUUGGGACAAAGUAGCUCUACGCCGGUCAAGUGGAUUAGAUGAAACAGGAGAAGUUGUCUGGCAUUUGGCCCUCUGCCUCCUCUUGUCCUGGAUAAUAGUGGGAGCUGCCUUGUAUAAAGGCAUUAAGUCUUCAGGGAAAGUGGUGUAUUUCACUGCCACCUUCCCUUACGUGGUGCUCCUGAUUCUCCUGGUGCGAGGGGCCACUCUGGAAGGAGCUGGAGAAGGGAUUGAAUAUUACAUCGGCACUCAGUCAAAUUUUUCUAAACUGGCUGAAGCUGAGGUUUGGAAAGAUGCCGCAACUCAGAUUUUCUACUCUCUGUCUACUGCUUGGGGGGGGCUGAUGGCCCUGUCUUCAUACAACAAGUUUCACAACAACUGCUAUUCUGAUUCAAUAAUUGUCUGUGUAACCAACUGCGGCACAAGUGUGUUUGCUGGCUUUGCAGUCUUCUCUGUCCUCGGACACAUUGCUCAUGUGUCUAAAAAGCCUGUAUCAGAAGUUGCGCAGUCUGGCUUUGGUUUAGCCUUCAUUGCCUACCCAGAGGCCCUUUCUAAACUGCCAGUGUCUCCUCUGUGGUCUGUGCUAUUUUUCGUCAUGCUGUUGACACUGGGCCUAGACUCCCAGUUCGCCAUCAUGGAAACUAUCACCACAACUCUUCAAGAUGAAUUUAAGUUCUUGAAGUCCAAAAGAAUUUAUGUCACUUUUAUUGCCUGUAUUCUGUUAUUCCUGCUUGGUCUUCCCUGUGUUACAAGAGCUGGCAUAUACUGGGUGAAUUUAAUUGACCACUUCUGUGCUGGAUGGAUAAUCCUUAUUGCAGCUGUGCUAGAACUCAUUGGAAUUGGUUAUAUCUAUGGAGGCAACCGAUUCAUUAAAGACAUUGAAAUGAUGAUUGGGGAAAAAAACUGGUACUUUUGGCUAUGGUGGAGAGCUUGCUGGUACAUCAUUUCCCCCUUAGUGCUCAUUGCAAUAUUGAUCUGGUCCCUGAUAACCUUCACCUCCCCAUCUUAUGGGUCCGUGGUUUAUCCAGACUGGGGAACAUCAAUAGGAUGGUGUAUGACUGCCUUUUGCCUCAGUUGGAUUCCCAUUAUUGCCCUUGUUAAAACUGUUAAAGCUAAAGGCAGCCUUUGGCAGCGCAUCAGAACUGUGUGUUCCCCAACAGCAGACUGGGGUCCUUACCUAGAAUGCCACAGAGGAGACCGAUACAUACACCAGCAGUGUGCCUGGGAUCAGAAUCUGAAGAAACUCAGAGAAACUAAAGUAUCCGUCAUCAUUAAUGACUACAAUACACAGCUGUGAGCACUAUCCAGGAAACCCAUUAUAGGAGCAUCAGCAAACAUAUGUACUGUACCUACAUUUUUAAAAUCAAUAUCAAGGCAUGGUCUUUUUUAUGGUGCAUCUUGACAAGGCAGAAACCUGUUUUCUCAAGAUAGAUAUUUAAUUUAUCUGCCCCACUUCGUGCCAUUUUCUUAAUCUUCUGUACUUUAUGAUUUUGUUCAUUUGCUUUGUGUCAUCCACUGGAUUUAUGGAAGUCUGUUCAUUGGAGUUCAUUGGAGUGGGAAAAGAACUACUGUUAUAUAUUUGGGGGUUCUGUGCUUAUUUUACACAUGUCCACAUGUCGAAAAAAGGUUGAAGAGUGUUUGCUUGUUUGAACUCCACUCUCUUAACCCCUAGGGAUUUGAGUGCUUGAAUGUUUACAGGUUGACCACAUGAUGGUAAAUGACUGUAUUCCAGACUCCUACUUAACGGGGGUUAUCUAUGUGUGAUGAGGAAAAUAAUGUCUGUGUUAAUACUCUCCCAUAGAGUAUUAAAAACACACACUGUUUUCUCCAGAAAUGGAAAAUACUGUAUGCUUUCUCCAAAAGUGUUGCGGCCAUUCAAAAUAUGUUUAGCAAACCUGUAACUAGAUGUCAAUGCUCCUCUUCUCUAGGAUUAUUUUUUCUAUUUUUUUUCUACAAACUUUGAUUACUUGAUAUUAUAUAAAAUGAAAAGUGCUUAUUACAGAGGACAUACAGUAGUAUCAUCACAUCUGAUUGUAUUUCUGUCUUAAUGAUAGCUUAAUCAGUAAUUAUAUAUGAAAUGAUAGAAGUCAUUUCUGGAGAAUAUACUGUAAAGUUUUAAUAAUCAAAUAAUACUGUGCCAUCUUCUUUGCUAGAUGUUAAAAAUAAAUGUUCACUCUUUAGUGCAUUCAUAUUUUCCUUAUCACACUCCACGUAAAUACUGUUUGUACAGUUUUGUUUAAUUAUGAAAAAAGUUGUGCUCAAACCUAUUUUAUAUGUACA